CGGACGUCGGCGAUGACCGACACGACGCCGCCUCCGCCACCGACCGCGACGGCGCAGCGGAGGAAGUUCUUGAUGAUGGUGUCGUACUAUGGUCGUGGCUACGUGGGUUGGCAACGGCAAGCCAUCACGCACAAGACACCUGCUGGACAGGCACAACUUGUGAGCAUUCAAGAUGUUGUGGAAGCUGCUGUCACGUCGCAAUUCCGACCGCAUGAGCAUGUGAACGUAACUUCUGUCAGCCGAACGGACUCGGGGACGAAUGCCCUUCAAGUAUGUCGACCCCGUCACGUCAAUCUUCAACUCAGUCCCCUUCCUCCGUCGAUUCACGCCCAUCCAGCAAUACUGCACGUUCGUUUUGUCCGAGCCUCACCCCCCUCCUUCCGAAAUGCUCGUCGCUAUAAACGCUGCAUUGCCCGAAUCUGUUCGAGCCCAGUCCCUGGUGCUACUGAAUGACGUGGAUGCGCGCCGCCGCACCAAGUCGAUUCGAAAGAAGUACGUGUACUACAUCGAGCAAGGUCCUCGGCCAAGUACGACAACGCUUCACACGGCGUGGUUUGUCGGCAAGCCACUUAACUUGGCGGCCAUGCGGGAAGCGCUGGGGUACAUCACGGGCACCCACGACUUUCGCGCGUUUUCACAGGGAUUGCAAAAACACGAAUUUGCCGAUUUGAACACGACGCGAACGUUGCUGGACUGCCAAGUCGUUGCUCGACGGUCGGUGGACUUUUCGCUAGAUCUCGCAACGGCUGGUACUGGCGACGUUGUGACACCGGACCCUUCCCCUGGAUGUGCCGACAAUUUCAUGGUGUGCAUUGAGAUCACAGGCACUGGGUUUCUCCGGCACAUGGUACGCCGCAUCGUCGGGACAUUGCGGCCAAUUGGCGAAGGAAGGUUACCGCCGUCGGUCAUGCUGGACGUGCUGGCAGGACGGCGGGAGCCUGGGCCUUCGGUACCAUCAAGAGGCCUGUGGCUGCAUCAGAGCUGGAUGGGGAUACUUCAAAUGCAACCACCAGGUCGAGAUCAAUCGGAGGGAAGCACCGCGGGAAUCCAUCACGACGACGAUCUGGGCGGCGUCUGCGAAGACCUGGACGAGUAGUCGCUGGGGCCGCACAUCAACCUGACAGCUCAAAUUUGUGAAAUUUACUUGGUCCAGUGCUACCAUGCAACCAAGAUUACCCAAGGGCUACGCACUCGCGGAAGGGCGAAGCAUUGCCACC